CCCCAAUCGAGAAGUAUGACAUAUCGAAAGCCAAAUCUACCCCAAGAGGCGAAUGGAAUUGGAAGCACAGAUACGGACAAACGACAAUGCAAAGAGCAUGCCAUCUCAAACGCUUCGGACUUCCAACUGGACGCCUUAUCCCCUGUGUUACCAUCGCCCAAUCACCACCCUUAUCCUACACCUGCAGUGCCAUGGCUCGCGCCACCCAUCCCUGGCUUAUUUGUUGUUACUUCGGGCACCCUUUCCAACUGUGGCUGCCUCUGCCUGCGCAUCGUCUUGUCAGGUAGAACUAGUUGUAGAAUCUCUUCCUUCCAGUGGAACACCGCUAUGGCUUCCUCGAUCGCCUCCGUCGGCUGCAAGGUGUCGGCAUCCUCGGCUCCCCCGUCCAAGCUUGACAAGGUGCAGGUCUUGAAGCAUGCCCCAGUUAACAGCGCCUUCGGUCUGAAGCCCGCCGCCUCCCGCGUCUCCUGCAGCGUGGAGGAGACCGUGAGGAGGGUUGUCGAUGGUGCCAAGGCCGCCGCUCUCGUCUUGGCUUCGUCGGCUCUCGUCGCUGGGGCCGCUCUCGCCGAGGGAACGCCCCAGAGGCUGACGUUCGACGAGAUCAACGCCCAGACGUACAUGGACGUGAAGGGGUCAGGAACCGCGAACCAGUGCCCGAUCGUGCCGGAGGGAUCCGACAAGUUCUCGUUCAAGGACGGGAAGUACACGAUGAAGAAGCUGUGCAUGGAGCCGACGUCGUUCACGGUGAAGGCGGAGUCGCCGUUCAAGGGCGGUAGCGAGGGAUUUCAAAAUACGAAGCUGAUGACCCGGCUCACGUACACGCUGGAUGAGAUCGAGGGACCGCUGACGGUGAGCAACGGGAACCUGAGGUUCGAGGAGAAGGACGGGAUCGACUACGCGGCGGUGACGGUGCAGCUGCCGGGAGGCGAGAGGGUGCCGUUCCUGUUCACGGUGAAGGAGCUUGUGGCGGAGGGCAAGCCGGAGAAGUUCGGGGGGUCGUUCCUGGUGCCGUCGUACAGAGGGUCGUCAUUCUUGGACCCCAAGGGACGGGGUGGAUCCACUGGGUACGACAAUGCCGUGGCUCUGCCUGCGGGCGGUGCCGGAGACGAGGAGGAGCUGGCGAAGGAGAACGAGAAGAACACGGCUGCGCUGAACGGCAACAUCACGUUCAGCAUCGCCAAGAGCAACACGGAGACCGGCGAGAUCGCGGGGACGUUCGAGAGCAUCCAGCCAUCAGACACCGACUUGGGAUCCAAGACGCCGAAGGAGGUGAAGAUCGAGGGCAUCUUCUACGCCCAGCUGGAGCAGUAGACACAGACGCAUAGACAUAGAGUAGAUAGAUAGAUAAAGUCUGAUCCAGAUCCGAUGUGCAUAGGCGGGGCAUGGCUUGGUUUGUAAUUUUAACUUGUCGGGAUGUUUUCAACGGUGACAGUGUCCUUGUUUCC